UACAAUAAUCUAAUUUCCCGACUUCAUCAAUCUGACAGUCUUCCAUCUUCUUCCUAAACCCUUGAUCACAAAGUCACAGUUUGCAUUUGAAUCACAAUCCGAAAACAUAAUUCUCUCAAUUAAUCCAACCCAUUCAAAUUGAAGGUUUACUCUUCUGAAUCUAACACUUUACUUUCAAAAUCAAUAAAAAGAUUGAUGGCGAAACACGAAGAUCAACCAGUCCCAAUCUACUCUUCUCUAGAACCUGUGUAUGGUGAUGGCUCCCUUCUCGAAGAAGCCAAGCUUCGUUUCGAGAAAAUCAAAUCAAAAUUUCAACAAUUUUUCUCUCAUCCUCCUGAUAUUUUCGCGCGAUCUCCAGGAAGAGUUAAUUUGAUUGGAGAGCAUAUCGAUUAUGAGGGAUAUUCGGUGUUACCGAUGGCGAUUCGACAGGAUACAAUCAUUGCUAUUCGGAGGAGAGGCGCGGAUGAAGAGAAAUUGCUCCGAAUCGCAAAUCUUAACGACGAUAAGUAUACUAUGUGUACUUUUCCUGCUGAUCCCAACCAGGAAAUUGACUUGAAGAAUCUCAAAUGGGGUCAUUAUUUCAUUUGUGGAUAUAAAGGCUACUAUGAAUAUGCCAAAUCAAAAGGUGUAAAUGUUGGUGAACCUGUAGGCCUGGAUAUCCUGGUAGAUGGAACAGUUCCAACUGGUUCUGGAUUAUCAAGUUCGGCGGCAUUUGUUUGCUCUUCUACAAUUGCUAUAAUGGCUGCUUUUGGAGUGAACUUCCCCAAGAAAGAAAUUGCACAACUCACUUGUGAAUGUGAGCGGCACAUAGGGACACAGUCUGGUGGAAUGGAUCAGGCAAUCUCUGUCAUGGCCCAGACUGGAUUCGCAGAGUUGAUAGAUUUCAAUCCUAUUCGUGCAACUGACGUGAAACUCCCAGAAGGGGGAUCAUUUGUAAUAGCCCAUUCGUUGGCAGAGUCUCAGAAAGCUGUAACUGCUGCCACAAAUUACAACAAUCGUGUUGUUGAAUGCAGACUUGCUGCUAUUGUGUUGGGUAUCAAGCUCGGAAUGAACCCAAAAGAGGCAGCAUCAAAUAUCAAAACACUUUCUGAUGUUGAGGGCCUCUGUGUGUCUUUUGCUGGCACUCGUGGCUCCACUGAUCCUUUUCUAGCUGUCAAGGAGUAUCUAAAAGAGGAACCAUACACUGCUGAAGAUAUUGAGAAGAUCACUAAUGAAAGUCUGCAAUCAAUCUUUAGCAACUCCCCAACCUCUUUGGAUGUUUUGAAGGCAGCCCAACACUAUAAAUUGCAUCAGAGAGCUGCUCAUGUAUACUCUGAAGCCAAGCGGGUACAUGCUUUCAAGGAUACAGUGUCAUCAGAUUUGAGUGAGGAGGAUAUGCUCAAGAAGCUUGGUGACCUUAUGAACGAGAGUCAUUAUAGUUGCAGUGUUCUUUAUGAAUGCAGUUGUCCAGAGUUAGAAGAACUCGUAAAAGUUGCUCGCGACAAAGGUGCUCUUGGGUCAAGGCUAACAGGUGCUGGAUGGGGUGGCUGCACAGUUUCUUUGGUAAAGGAAAGUGAAGUGCCACAUUUUAUCCUUGAUUUGAAAGAACAUUUCUAUCAAUCGAGGAUUGACAAGGGUGUGAUCGGCAACAAUGACCUCGGUCUUUAUGUUUUUGCUUCAAAGCCAUCGAGUGGUGCUGCUAUCUUUAAGUUUUAGCCAUUUGUGUCUAGUCCAUUGUUGCCUGUUAAUAAUUGCACAGUUAGUUUCGUCUACCACUGUUGUUUUUUCUGUCUCUAAUCUUAUAUACGCAAGUGAAUACUAGUUAAAUUUAUUUAUUACAGAGCAAUUUAAAUUUUAUGAAAUUCGAAAUAUAGGUGCGAGCAAUUUUUAUGUUCAACUGUGAACCGAUUAGUGUUAUUUUCUUUGGAUAAUUGGAUACAAUCAAUAUAAAUUUCAUUGUCGGUUAAAUGAUAAAGCAAUUAAAAAUUA